UAGAAAGAGAGGGUAUGAAAGAUGAAUAUAUAUAUAUAUAUAUAAAAAUAUAUAUGUAUAGAGAGAGAAAGAAAGAGUAAGAGAGACUAAACCCUAGAUUUCAUUCUGACUGAAAGCAGAGUGUUUUGUAUUUUGACCAACAAAAAGCUUUGUUACAUCAAUUUUUUCCGUCAUUAUAUACAAAGAUCCUUUUGAAUUGUACUCCGUCUGAUAAUCAAGAACAGGCUAUUGGGUUUGGUUGGGUGUGAUACAUUCUGAGGAAGUUAUUUUGAUAUAUGUGGUUUUAGUUUGUUGAAGAGAAAAAAAGGUUUCUGUUUGACCUGUCUUCUUAUUUGAGGAUCUUGCUGAAGGAGUUUUUGCAAAAAGGCUUGUAAAGAUGAUGUCCAAAUCGUAUACCAACUUGUUAGAUCUUGCAUCUGGGAAUUUCCCGGUGAUGGGGCGCGAGAAGAAGCGGCUGCCACGGGUAAUGACAGUUGCUGGAGUUAUUUCUGAGCUCGAUGAUGAUCAAGCUAAUAGUGUUACAUCAGAUGUUCCAUCAUCAAUUGUUGUAGAUCGAAUAAUUAUUGUGGCUAAUCAGCUCCCUGUAAAAGCUAAGCGUAGGUCGGAUAAUAAAGGAUGGAGUUUUAGUUUGGAUGAGGAUUCAUUGUUGUUGCACAUAAAAGAUGGUUUGCCUGAUGAUAUGGAAGUUAUCUAUGUUGGUUCUUUGAAGGUUGAGGUUGAUUCAAGCGAACAGGAUGAUGUUUCACAGUUACUGCUGGAUAGGUUUAAAUGUGUUCCUGCUUUUCUCCCUCCACACAUCUUAUCUAAAUAUUAUCAUGGUUUCUGCAAACAGCAUUUAUGGCCGCUUUUCCAUUAUAUGCUUCCGUACUCUGCCAGUCAUGGCAGUCGAUUUGAUCGGUCAUGGUGGGAGGCAUAUGUUGCAGCAAACAAGAUAUUUUCCCAGAAGGUGAUUGAGGUGAUAAAUCCCGAGGAUGAUUAUGUCUGGAUCCAUGAUUAUCAUCUAAUGGUUUUACCUACAUUCUUGCGUAGGCGUUUCAAUCGGCUGCGAAUGGGGUUCUUUCUGCAUAGCCCUUUUCCUUCAUCAGAGAUAUAUAGGACUCUUCCAGUGAGAGAAGAAAUCCUCAAGGCCCUACUGAAUUCUGACUUGAUUGGUUUCCAUACAUUCGAUUAUGCACGGCAUUUCCUAUCCUGCUGUAGUCGUAUGUUGGGAUUAGAGUAUCAGUCAAAGAGGGGUUACAUUGGGCUUGAAUACUUCGGACGGAUAGUGGGGAUCAAGAUUAUGCCAGUUGGGAUACACAUGGGGCAGAUUGAAACUGUCCUUCAACUAGCUGAUAAAGCGUCGAGAGUUGGAGAACUUAAGCAACAGUUUGAAGGUAAAACUGUUUUACUUGGUGUUGAUGAUAUGGACAUUUUCAAAGGUGUCAAUUUGAAACUUCUUGCAUUGGACGAAAUGUUAAAACAGCAUCCGAAGUGGCAGGGAAGGGCAGUGCUGGUACAGAUUGCUAAUCCAGCUCGAGGAAAAGGAAAAGAUAUUGAGGAAAUACAAGAAGAAAUACAAACAAGCAUCAAAAGAAUCAAUGACAAUUUUAGACAGCCUGGUUAUGAACCUAUCGUGUUUAUUGAUCGCCCAGUUUCUCUUAGUGAACGGACUGCCUAUUACUCUGUUGCUGAGUGUGUAGUUGUAACAGCUGUAAGAGAUGGCAUGAACCUUACUCCGUAUGAAUACAUUGUGUGUAGGCAGGGCAUCCCUGGUUCAGACUGUACUACAGAGUCCAAUGGUCUGAAAAGCAGCAUGCUAGUAGUGUCUGAGUUCAUUGGAUGUUCUCCUUCACUAAGUGGUGCUAUACGUGUUAACCCAUGGAAUGUGGAAGCAACUGCAGAAGCAAUGAAUGAGGCAAUCUCAAUGGCUGAUGCUGAGAAGGUGUUGCGCCAUGAGAAGCAUUAUAAGUAUGUAAGCACACAUGACGUAGCUUAUUGGUCAAGAAGCUUCUUCCAGGAUCUGGAAAGAACUUGCAGAGACCAUUUUAGGCGACGUUGCUGGGGUAUAGGUCUGAGCUUCGGUUUUAGGGUUGUAGCACUUGAUCCUAAUUUUAAAAAGCUGUCUAUCGACACUAUUGUUUCUGCUUACUCAAAAGCCAAAAAUCGGGCAAUAUUGUUGGAUUAUGAUGGCACUCUCAUGCCUCAAACAGCCAUCAAUAAGGUCCCUAGUCCCGAAGUUAUUUCAAUUGUUAACUCGCUUUGUGAUGAUGAAAGAAAUACUGUGUUUCUCGUGAGUGGACGAGGAAGGGAUAGUUUAGGCCAGUGGUUUUCUCCAUGUGAGAAACUUGGCAUUGCUGCGGAACAUGGAUACUUCUUAAGGUGGUGUGCUGAUAAAGAAUGGGAAGUGGUUGGGCAGAGCAACGAUUUCCAGUGGAUGCAGAUUGCUGAACCUGUUAUGAGGCAGUAUACAGAAGCUACAGACGGGUCUUACAUUGAAACAAAAGAGAGUGCUCUUGUUUGGCAUCAUCGUGAUGCAGAUCUUGGUUUUGGGUCUUGCCAAGCAAAAGAGAUGUUAGAUCAUCUUGAAAGUGUGCUUGCAAAUGAGCCUGUUGCUGUGAAGAGUGGGCAGUUCAUUGUUGAAGUUAAGCCACAGGGAGUCAGUAAAGGUUUAGUUGCAGAGAAAAUUUUCACAACAAUGGCUGACAGUGUCCGGCAGGCUGAUUUCGUGCUGUGUGUAGGUGAUGAUAGGUCUGACGAGGACAUGUUUGAGAUUAUUGGAAAUGCAAUAAAUAGUGGUAUACUUUCUGCAAGCACAGAAGUGUAUGCUUGCACAGUAGGACAAAAGCCAAGUAAAGCCAAAUAUUAUCUUGAUGACACAACAGAAGUUAGAACCAUGCUUCAUGCUCUUGCCGAGGAAUCCACUCCUCCACCUUCAUCAGAAAUUGUAACAUGAAGCUCUGUUUGGAGUAUAUCCUUUCAUGUUUUCUUGUCUGAGUGCCCUUCUCAUUGACUCAACCCUUUGAAGUUGUGCAAAGAAAUAACAUUAGAGCUUGUACUGACAUGUGACUCAUAUUACAUUAUUACUCUCAAAGAAUGAAUGGAGAGGUAUUGUACAGAAUUCUUUGUCAGAUGGCCAGUCCAAGCAGCAUCAACCUAAAAUUAGGCUUAUCUUCUUCGAGAGACCAUUGACUCAUGGGGGUGAGAUUUAAUUGAUCCCAAAUGUUCCAAACCCAGAAGCACUGCUGGCCAACUGGUUACAUAUGUGUGAAGUUGACUCUGAAGGGAGAGCUAUGCCAAAUGGUAAUCUUCAUAGCCUUCAGAAACUAUAUACGUGCUGCGCUUGUUAAAUACAUACCCUUAAUCAAGUUCUUUUAAGAAGGCUGCACCUCAGUUUCUUGCCUUGCAUGUGGCAAGAUGGAGCAUUGAUUGUCAACGACUCAUAACUUGCAUUAUUAGAUCAACUGUAAACAGGUGAUUUUUCUUCUCUUUUACUUCAUUUUUCUAAGGAUCCUUCUUUUUCUAUCUAGGAGUGAGGAUAUUGUUGUUUGGAUACACCAAUUUUAUUGGAUUCUCAUAAUUGUAAAUGCUAUAGAAAUUUACCCUCUCUUUCUUCCUUAUGAUAAGAAUUCUAAACUAAAUUUCGUAGCCUCUACGACAAACCUGGUGAUUGUUAAUAGUGACAUCAAUGACAGUAUUUGUAGUCCAUCAAGUGCAAGUUUGCAGAACAAAGAUAAAUGUCUGAUUUAGUUGUACUAAACUUUCAGUGGUGAUCAAACUUUAUUCUGUAUUGCUCCCUACAGCACAAACAUUUGAUUCCUAAUCUUUGUAUCAUGAAGAUGGAAGUUUUUAUCUA